GUGUAAAUGAACCAUUCAUUGUACGGGAAUCCGUUUCCCACUUGUCUCUUACAAUAAAAACCUUCCCUUUCAUCAACCAUCAUCAAUCUCUUCAUUCAUUCAUCUUCUUCUUCUUUCUACACCCCCCUAUUUUCUCUCUUUCUUUUUUUGCCCUAUCUCUUAGGGUUUUCAAUUUCCCCAAUUUCACACCUUCAAUUCAUCUCUCUAUCUCAUGCUUAUUUGCCUUCGAUUUUCAUACAUCGUAAUCACCGUCUUUGUUUUCUUCUUCUUCUUCGCUGUUCUUUUUUCUCUCGUUAGAGGGUUGUUUCAGCUGUAUCCAUGUCUCAAGUCUUCGGCUUUUCCGGUGACAACUUUUGCCAUGGGGGUUCGAUAUACACAAACCCCAAGGAAGCCAGCUUCUACCUGUCUCUCGGCCCUCAGGUUGAUGUCUACUAUCCUCCUCAGAAGAGAUCUCGUGUCAGCGUUCCAUUUGUUUUCGAUGGAGAAUGGUUUGAGCAGAAGCAGAAAACAACAAUUGAUUCCUUGCCAGAUGAGUGCCUCUUUGAGAUCUUUAGAAGGUUGCCUGUGGGUGAAGAAAGGAGUGCUUGCGCUUGUGUUUCCAAACGUUGGCUUAUGCUUCUAAGCAGUAUUUGCAAGAACGAGAUCUGUAGCAACAAGAAUACCUCAGAUGGUGAGAAUAAAAUGGAAGGUGACAGUCAAGAGUUUGGAGGCGAGGGGUACCUUUCCCGGAACUUGGAAGGAAAGAAGGCAACUGAUGUUAGACUUGCUGCUAUUGCAGUUGGAACCGCAUCACGAGGAGGAUUGGGAAAGCUUUCAAUCCGUGGAAACAACUCAAAUCGCGGGGUGACUUCUCAAGGUCUCAAAGCAGUUGCUAGCGGGUGCCCUUCUCUAAAGGUUCUUUCACUAUGGAAUGUUUCCUCUGUUGGCGAUGAAGGCCUAAUUGAGAUUGCUAAUGGAUGUCAACAGCUCGAGAAGCUUGACCUUUGCAGAUGCCCUUCAAUUUCUGACAAGGCUUUGAUAGCAGUUGCAAGAAAUUGUCCAAAUCUAACCGAGUUAUCAUUGGAGUCUUGUCCUAACAUUCACAAUGAAGGUCUACAAGCCAUUGGAAAGUUCUGCUCCAAUCUGAAGUCUAUAUCUAUCAAGGAUUGUGCCGGUGUUGGUGAUCAGGGAAUUGCUGGCCUCUUUUCUUCAGCUUCUUUGCUUUUGACAAAAGUGAAGCUCCAGGCAUUGACUGUUUCUGAUCUAUCUCUAGCUGUUAUUGGACAUUAUGGAAAAGCAGUUACCGAUCUGGUCCUUAAUUUCCUUCCAAAUGUUAGUGAGAGGGGCUUCUGGGUUAUGGGAAAUGCUAAUGGAUUGCAUAAACUGAAGACACUCACAAUUGCAUCAUGCAGAGGAGUAACCGAUGUUGGGCUUGAAGCUGUUGGAAAGGGUUGUCCUAAUCUGAAAAGUGUACACCUUCAAAAGUGUGCGUUUCUCUCAGACAACGGGUUGAUUUCAUUCACCAAGGCUGCUAUAUCACUUGAAAGCCUAAAAUUGGAGGAGUGCCACAGAAUUACCCAAUUUGGGUUUUUCGGUGUCCUUUUUAACUGUGGUGCCAAAUUGAAGGCUCUUUCUCUUGUAAGCUGCUAUGGAAUCAAGGAUCUGGACUUGGAAUUGUCACCCUCAUCUCCUUGUGAAUCACUACGUUCAUUAUCAAUCUGUAACUGCCCUGGAUUUGGAAACGCUACCCUAUCCGUGCUCGGAAAAUUGUGCCCUCAGCUUCAACAGGUUGAAUUGACUGGACUUAAGGGAGUGACAGAUGCUGGUUUGCUUCCACUGCUUGAGAGCUCCGAGGCUGGUUUGGUUAAAGUCAAUCUCAGUGGUUGCGUAAAUCUUACAGACAAAGUAGUUUCAUCCCUAGUCAAUCUGCAUGGCUGGACUCUCGAGAUUCUAAACCUCGAAGGUUGUAAAAACAUUAGCAAUGCUAGUUUGAUUGCAAUGGCUGAGCAUUGCCAAUUGCUUUGUGAUCUUGAUGUUUCCAUGUGUGCGAUCUCUGAUGCUGGGAUAGCUGCUCUGGCACAUGCUCAACAGAUAAAUCUUCAGAUUCUUUCUCUGUCAGGCUGCACUUUGGUUACGGACAGGAGUUUGCCCGCUUUGAGAAAAUUGGGCCACACCCUUUUGGGACUUAACGUCCAGCAUUGCAAUUCAAUCAGCAGCAGUGCAGUUGAAAUGCUUGUUGAACUUCUUUGGAGGUGUGACAUCCUCUCCUGAACUGCAAGAUUCAAUCUCCCUCAGCAUUUAACACUCGGAAGUCUAGUUACACAGCAUAGUAGUUUUUUGGUCCAUUGAUGUGGGUCUUGAUCAUCCAGUGACUUGGGUCCCUUUUUCCGGAGUAUGCAGUCAUUUAACACUUAUUUUUUCAGAAUCCUUAACCGGAAUUCUGUUUUUGGCACCUUAAUUUUGGUUGCCGCCUUUUAGAUGGCUGCAUAUCUCUGACAACACAGCUACCAGGUUCUGGAGUUAGAAAUCUUUGUUACUUCGUGUGGCACCCCGAUGUUUUUAGCCCGGCUUUAUAUCGGUUUUGCCACAAUGUCUUCGUUACCUCUGUCUAUGUUUUUACAGUUAUCUGUACCAGUGUCAAUAGGUGUUUUGACUCAAAGGGCAGUUUCAGUAUUUGUGCUCUUGUUAAGGUUGUAGCAAUUGUCGGGUUCGGAGUUAUGAUGCCUUGUUUUCGAGGGCCUUGGCCGUGGCGGCGACAUGUCUGCCAUGACAAUCUUAUUCCAUUGGGAAAAGGUUGUUUUUUUUACUAGGCCCUUGUUUUUUGAAGGCUUCAUUUUUUAUGAACUUGUCUCUGUAACUUCUUUACUGGUUACUGAUGCUGAUAUCUGCCCUUUGUGUUGUAUGGUAUAUCUAUCACCACCAUCAUGAAAUAAAAUUUGCAGUUUCUUUCUAAA